UGUCAAAUCGUGUGUGUGUGUUUUUGUUGCUGGCGACAAUUUGCGAUAUUUUCACGGUGAUCUUGUGCCGAAUACCGCAAAUUGGUGUUUUGGCGUGCUGUUGAGGACGCGUGGUGUCAGUUGUAAGUGGAGUUGGCGGUGGGGGUGCGUGCGAAGUGGAUGAAAAAACCAAGUGAAAAGUCACAAGUGAUCAAAACAUCCAGAGAAAAAGAAGCGCCCCAACAAUUGAACUCUCAAUUUUAAUCCCAAAUCCAAUCACACGCACAAGAAAUAUAAACAAUUGAGGAUCAAAAGCCUCAACAGGGCAGCAAAUUUACCCACCUCAAGUGAGGGCGUAAUCCCCUCUUGUGGAGGCGCACGAGAACACGGAAUUUGUGGUGUUGAAAAGUGCGCGAAAAUUGAGUAUCUGUGCGAGUAUCAAAACCAAAGAGGAUUAAUCACAAACAAAUUUCUCUUGGCUCUGUCCUCUUCAAAACCAAACAACAACAAAAGAACCUGAGCCCCUGAGAAUCAUUUUCCCAAGAGCCCCCAAAAGAAGAUAAAUUCAGUUUUUGUGUGAAAAAAUUAUCAGUGAAAUUAAAAAGAAAAAAAAAAUGGCAGAGGACGAGGUACUUUUCGACGAAGUUUACGAACUUUGCGAGAUUAUUGGCAAAGGACCAUUCUCCAUUGUUCGGAGGUGUAUUCAUCGAGAAUCAAAUCAACAAUUUGCAGUGAAAAUUGUAGAUGUUGCAAAAUUCACAGCAAGUCCAGGAUUAAGCACAGCUGACCUCAAGCGAGAAGCUACAAUUUGCCACAUGCUAAAGCAUCCACAUAUUGUUGAAUUACUGGAAACAUACAGCUCGGAGGGAAUGCUGUAUAUGGUGUUUGAGUUCAUGGAAGGCUCGGACAUAUGUUUUGAGGUGGUGCGACGAGCAGUGGCAGGAUUUGUCUACAGUGAAGCUGUGGCAUGUCACUACAUGAGACAAAUCCUGGAGGCAUUGCGCUAUUGUCAUGAGAAUGACAUUCUACAUCGCGACGUGAGACCGGCAUGUGCUCUCCUGGCCACUAUAGACAAUUCAGCACCAGUGAAAUUGGGUGGUUUCGGGACGGCCGUACAAUUGCCCAAUGGGAGGGAAUUUGUUGAAACUCGCGAAAGGAUACAAGUGCAUCGUUCAAAUUUGAGCCCUAGAGGGAAACUUUAUUUGAAGUCAGAUGGUGAGGGUCGUGUUGGGAGCCCGCACUAUAUGGCACCGGAAGUGGUUACGAGACGCACAUAUGGGAAGGCGUGCGAUGUUUGGGGUGCUGGUGUAAUGUUGCACGUGCUGCUGUCGGGACGACUUCCGUUUUUGGGAUCUGGGAAGAGGAUUCAAGACAUCAUCUCACGUGGCAGAAUGACGAACUAUGUACAACUAGAUGCUCCGGAAUGGAAACAAAUUUCAGCAAAUGCCAAAGAUUUAGUAAUGAAAAUGCUAGCACCACAUCCCGGAAAUAGACCAUCAAUAGCAGAAGUAUUGGAACAUCCAUGGAUAAGGGACCGUGAUAAGCUCCAACGGCAACAUUUGGCUGACACAGUAGAGGAAUUAAAGCGCUUCAAUGCACGUCGCAAAUUGAAAGGUGCUGUUCAAGCUGUAGCCGGAGGCGUUGCCAUGGACCCACUUUGUGGUGCAGAUACCGAUUCAAUGGCUGUCGGAACUGCGUCAGAGACAUUAAAUGAAUGGGCGGAUGAAGAGGCAGGAUUGGAGGCUGUGCAAAAAGUGUUGGAUUCUCUUGAUGAUAUCCAUGCAGUUCAAGAUCCAUUCGUUGAUCCAGAUGUAUUACGUGACAUUUUGCGAGAUACACGACUUCACAACCUUCUGCAGCUAUACGAUCGUAUCAGUUGCAACGUAAUGUCACCAUCACGUGCUCCACCGGGAGAUGGAGUGGCUCGGUGUCGAGAUGCUGUCGAAGCGAUUUCCCUUGCACAUGGACACAAAUUUUCCCGUGAAAAGGCGGAAUUGCUGCAGUUGCUUUCACUUCCACAUAUUCAGGCUCUUUUGCAUACUCAUGACGUAGUAGCAAGAGAAGUAUACGGCGAAGAGGCUCUUCGCGUAACGCCGCCCCCAAUAGCUCCCUAUCUCAAUGGAGAUGAUAUUGAUAAUGUGGAUAAUGGUGAUUUGCAGCAUGUUACACGCGUUCGACUGGUUCAAUUUCAGAAGAAUACCGAUGAACCAAUGGGUAUUACACUGAAAAUGACGGAAGAUGGUCGAUGCAUUGUAGCACGAAUUAUGCAUGGAGGAAUGAUACAUCGACAGGCCACUCUUCACGUUGGAGAUGAGAUCAGGGAAAUCAAUGGGCAGCCUGUACAGAAUCAAACAGUUAGUCAACUGCAAAGAAUGUUGCGCGAAGCUCGUGGCUCUGUUACCUUUAAGAUAGUUCCUUCAUAUAGAAGUGCCCCGCCACCUUGCGAGCUUUCCUAUGCUGAAUCCCAGCUAUUCAGGAUUAGACCGGCACCAGUGCUUAUAUUCGUACGUGCCCAAUUCGACUAUGAUCCAUUGGAUGAUGAGUUGAUUCCUUGUGCUCAGGCUGGAAUAGCAUUCCGUACUGGUGACAUAUUGCAAAUAAUAAGUAAGGAUGACCAUCACUGGUGGCAGGCACGUCAUGAUGCAGCUGGUGGUUCAGCUGGUCUUAUACCAUCUCCAGAGCUUCAGGAGUGGCGAAUUGCUUGUCAGGCUGUGGACAAAACUAAACAGGAACAAGGAGAAUCUGGUCCUGGGUGUUCAGCACAUGCCGAAGGAUGUGAUGGAUCGACAGUUAAUUGCUCAAUAUUUGGCCGAAAGAAAAAGCAGUGCAGAGACAAAUAUCUUGCAAAACACAAUGCUGUGUUCGAUCAAUUAGAUUUGGUCACAUACGAAGAAGUGGUUAAAGUACCCCUUGGCGAUCCUGCAUUUCAGAGGAAAACAUUGGUGCUCCUAGGCGCUCAUGGUGUUGGACGUCGUCAUAUCAAAAAUACACUUAUAGCAAAAUAUCCAGACAAAUAUGCGUAUCCUAUACCACAUACAACGAGGCCACCGCGGCCGGAUGAAGAGAAUGGCCGAAGCUAUUAUUUUGUGUCCCAUGACGAGAUGAUGCAGGAUAUUGCUGCGAAUGAGUAUUUGGAAUAUGGUACACAUGAGGAUGCAAUGUAUGGGACAAAGCUGGAGACAAUUCGGCGUAUUCAUGCUGAAGGGAAAAUGGCUAUUUUGGAUGUGGAGCCUCAGGCACUGAAAAUUCUACGCACAGCUGAAUUUACACCCUAUGUGGUCUUUAUUGCGGCACCAUCGCUACAAAAUAUUGCUGAUUACGAUGGAAGCCUGGAGCGCCUAGCUAAAGAAUCUGAUAUGCUGCGUCAAGCGUAUGGGCACUUCUUUGAUUUAACUAUAGUUAACAAUGAUAUUGGAGAUACAAUAGCAGCACUGGAGAAUGCCAUCGAUAAGGUACAUUCGACUGCCCAGUGGAUUCCAGUUGGUUGGCUCUAUUGACAAGACAGCGAACUAGAGUGUCCUGAAUGCCUGGAGGGCUGCGAUGAGUGCGACUGUGAACUCGAUGAGUAUGACCUCAAGUGAACAGUUUUGCACGGAAUGUAAUUCAUUAUGUUCAGGUUGGGGUAUUUGCAAACAGGUCACUAAAAAAGAAAAAAAAAACAACAAAUAAGAAAGGAAGAAAAAGGAUAAAUCAAAAUUUUACCCCAAAAAAAAAACUUAAUAUAUUUGUUAUCUCCGCAUAUUCCUACUUAACAAUAUUUAUCUAAUCGAAUUUUUUACACAAUUUUAUUUUUAGUUAAACUGCAAAGUAGAUUUAAAGACACUUUUGUGUUCCAGUGAAGGAAGGAGAUUUAAUCGAGAUUUUCUUCACAAUUGCUUGCCAUAUUCGAUUUUGUUUUAAUUUAAGACAAAGAAAAGGGCUGAUUGGAUUUUUGCCAAUUGCUUUUGGAUCUUAAUUGAAAAUCUAACUCUCAAACUUGAGAAAUUAAGAUUCAGAACCAAUUACCAUGUCUUCAAUUAACGUCCUUUAGCACAUUUUGAAGAGCAAUAUCUUAUCAAUUUGUCAAAGACGUGAUAAGAGAUUUUUAUUUUACUUUUUAUGUUGUUGAUUUAUUUUAUUGAGCACUUUUAUGUUACGUCACAUUUGAUUUUCUUUUAUCCCCAAUUUUUAUUGUACACUCUUAGGGAAUAUUUUAAUAAAUCAAAUAUAUUUUUAUGAAUUGCAUUUAUUGUAGACAAAGAAUAUUAUGUAAAUGAUAGCGCAUAAAUUAUGUAGGAAGAGAAAAUCGGCAUAACUUUACUUUGUGUGAACUUUUACGGGGGAUCUUUUCUAGGUAGAGGAGUAAGGUUUCUAAAUAGGCAACGCCCACAAAAUUGCACUGACCACGCUCAGUUUGAAAGACGUUUUGCAGACUGCUUCAAUCUGUUUGAUGUUUUUUAGGAAAAUUUUUAGGUUAAAAACCUCUUUCUUGGAACUAGGGUAAGAUGGGGUGAUUUGGAAUCAUAAUCGAGAUUUUCUAACAGUUUUACAUGUCAAAAGGUAAAAACAACGAAGAAGUAUUUUCGACUUUUACUUCUGCAUGGUUUUCUUUUUCUCUUUUACCAUCUGAAACAGUGAAAAAAUCUCGAAAUUCGAAAAGAGACAUGAUUCCGAAUUACCCCAUCUUACCAUAUUCAAUGAAUAAUGUUCUUUUCAUACAAAAAGCUGUAAUAAUUCCUCUACUUGCGCAAGGACACACUAAAACCAGACAUUUCUUAAAUUUUUGCAGUUUCAUUUAAAUUUGUUACUGUAUAAUAACCGAAAAAGAAAUAUUGAGUGAAAUAUCACCUGUAAGCUCGUGGGGAUAUAAAAUCCAAUUCAAUGGAAAAGCGCUUUAAUGUCUCAUUGUACUAGUGUGUCGAUUCUCGUCCAAUAAUUUUAUCAAACAGUGUUCUCAUUGGUGGGGUCAUCUUCCAGUCCAAACCAAAAUCUUUUGUGAAACUGAUUUGUCCCAUUCUUCUUUUUGUUUAACCCUUUAAAGACGAGUGGGACACCGGUGUCCCAAAAACAAAACCGUUUUUAACUAUACAAAGUUAUUUUGACCUCUAGUUAAAAAAGAUGGUUUUUAUUUUAGAGAUACCGGUGUCUCCUCGUCCUUAAAGGUUUAAGAACUAAUUCCUUGAUCUUUUAUUUAUUUUUUUUUGUUUUUUUUUGCGUAUCGUUUGGUUGGUCAAUAUCUGAGAUCUCUGUUCAGAAACCUUUCUGUCAUAAUAAUACGAGGAUUUGGGAAGGAGAGUUUAUUGAGCAAUGUGACUUAUUCAAGGCAGGCUACCCGAUUGACUAGCAUGAAUUUACAAAUGUAUAUACAUGACGGGUCCCAGACAAAGUCCCUUUGCUGGAGGCAAAGGGAAAUUUUCUGUGUCUUGGGAAAUUAUUCUAAACAUUUUCCCCAUAUAAUUUCAUCCCUUUCAGGAUUUUGGCUUUCGGUAUCUUGGCUGCCUCUGAUACAUGUCACUUUCUAAUCAAAAGUCGCAUUUUGCUUUCUAAACAACUUUGGUUCUUUAAUGAUUUCUUUGAUUAAGUGUAUUUUUUAAUACGAGAAUUAUUUGUUUUAAUAAAAUUUUGAUAUUAAUCUGUCUUGGGAAUGUCGUAAGAAUGUCCUAUAUAGGUGUCAUAAAUCUUGACAGAUAUGAUAUCUACUGGGAUUUCGAGAAAAAAUAUGCUUAUGGUGUCCCACAUUGUUUUCAAUAUAUUCUUGGGAUUAUCUAUGAGACGAUCAGGAUCUAAUACCAUCAAGCAUAGCAGAAUAAACACUCUUAUAUGUAACAUAGAUUUUUUGGGGUGUUAAUUUAAUAUUAUAGCAAAACUAUCCACUAUUUUGCUAACCCAUGGAAAUGACACAUUUUGGGUGUCCCUUUCCAUCGCUCCACAUACAAUGCAACGUAUUAUUCUGUUCUAUCACUUUUACUGCACAUCUGGGUACAAUUGAGUCACUAAUUUGUUCAAGAAAUUAAAUAUUCACUAGCACUGCUGGUGGAGUUGAAAAAAAAAACAAAUGACACUGCGAAAGUUUGAAAUGUCCGAGGGAAGUUAGCGCCACCAUCGCAAUAAUUUCGAAUUUUUGACUAUUUUCUGUCUCCUUUCUUUCAAAAUUCUGUAAUUUUUGUGGCAUUUGUCACACUUGAGUACGAAAUCUGACAAUGCCACUCGAUCUUUUAUAUUCAGUAGACUCUCUCUCAAUUGGGCAUUUCGGGCAAAAUGUCGUCCACUUUAUCGAUAGAUUUGGGCGUGAAAGCCUUUGUAAAUUCCACAAAAAGCGCUCAAUUAUAAAGAAUCACGAUAAAAUAGGAAGAACUACAGCAAAUUUGAGCGAAUUACAGUAGAGUCCCUCAAAUCUGAAUCUCUCAAAUUCGAACGCCGUUUGGAUUCAAAAUGUCAAUUGUGAGGUUAUGUUAAAAAGUUCGUAUUCUAGAUGAAUGCAAAUCAUACUUAUGUGCUUCUUCCUGAAUGUUUACAUACAUUAUGAUCGUAUAAAAUGAAAAGGAAGUAUGUUACCACUAAGACUUGUGAGAAACUACGGGAAUUUGACUCAAAGUGCCAUUUAAUCUCAGAUAAAUGGUUUUGAAAAAAUCGUUCGAACUUGGGAGGUGAGAAAUGUCAAAAAUACACCCCGAGCGUUCGAAUUUAGAAGACCUACUGUAGCUUCAUAAUUAAACGUGAAAAUUGUCAACAAAAUUUUUCACCCGAUUGAAAAAGAGCCGAUUGAGCGAGAGUCUACUAUAAGUGCGAAAAUGUAAAUAAUUUUUUUAAUAAAAUCUGUUUACUUAAUGAUAUUCUGCAAAUACGUUUUGGUUGAUUUGUUUAAUAAAAUUCAUUGUCAUUUGAAUUGCUAAAAAUCUCAAAAAUGUGACAUCUGACAAUGCCAUGUGAGCUGUAAUGGCAAUGCCAUGGCUACAGAAUCAUAUUUUCGAAAAACCUCUCCUGAGAUUCGAACGUAAUUUGUCAUAUGUCAAUGUCAGAUUGUUACAGAAUCCCUCUACUGGAAAUAUUAGCAUUAUUUAUUUAUUUUAAUGUACCAGUCUAUUUUUGCCAUUUUGUACAUUAUUCAAUUUAUAAAUGUUUAUUCGGUUUACAAGAACUCACAAUUGUGGCAGUCGAGUCAGAGGUCAUAUCGCUAAAGAGUCGAUCGCUCUUACCAAUUGCACUAUGAAUCCCUGGCCUUAAAAUAAAUGAUCACGAAUCCCCUUUCAAGUUUACAGCGUCCCUCAGUGCAAAAAGCUCAAAAAGCUUUUAAAAUUAUUACUUAAUUUCUUAAAAAUGUUCGGUAUUUUCAAAAUAUAGAAACCUCUGCAAUUCCCCUUGGCGUUAGGUCUGCCCUCAAUUGGUGGACAUGGAAAAAUACUGAUUAUCAGUAGUGAGUAAUUUACAGACCUUUGAAAUGCCAUUUUUGAGCUUAUGCAGAGGCUUUCACAUUAAUUAUUUCAUUGAUUGAAUUUAUUACUAAAUGAAUUGAUACAAUAAUUGGUUAUUAAAUAAUCCUUUAUUCAAUUAUAUGUUUUUUGAGAAGUACGAAUACGAAAGCAAAAUGUGGACGUUGCCUGUUCAGGAGUUGAAAUGCUACUUCAAAAUAUGAUUUUUUAAUUGAAGAAAAGUACAUGCAAAGUUAAGAAAUUCCAGAAAAUAAUUUGAUAAAAAAAACAACACAACAUUAAAAUACAUUUGAAAUGUUCAAAAAUUGAGUGAAAGAUAAAAAAAAAAUAGUUCGAAAGCUUGUCACAACAAUGUGACAAUAAAUAGAGCGAGGCAAAUUAUAGAAUUUAAAAAAAAAACAAGAGAGUGAAAAAAAAACAAAGUUAUACAAAAAAGAAUAUGCUUUAUCUCAUACUAAUAUGUAGAGAAAAUGAAACCCUAAUAUUUUAUUGUCAAAAAAAAAUGAAAACAAGGAAACAUUUUUAAAAAAAAAUUUGCUUGAACUCUUUUACAAUUUAUUCACAAUUUUCUUGAUAUAAUAUUUAUCUCAAUGAAAAUUUGAAAAAAAAUGAAAUUAUGAAGUUGAAUUAAACAAACUAUUUAACGAUAAGUUGGAGUGACGCAAAAGAAAAAAAAUAGAUAAGCAAAACAAGAAAUGGGAAGAAAAAACAACUCAAAAAUAGAUACCAUCAGCAAAAAUUAACCUGAUCGAAUAUCGCAGUAUUAUACGUAAAAGUGAUAAAAAAAAAUGCAACAACAGAGAAAUUGAUCAAGCGAAUGCACACAACUUUUUGCAAAAAUUAAAAAAAAAACGAGAUAAACAAGAAAAUUAAAAAAAAAGAUGUUGAGUGGCGGUUAUUUAUAGUGGGAGAAUAAAGAAAAGAAACAAGAAAAUUGAGUUAAAGAAAAAACAAAAAUAAUAAAAAAAUAAAUAAAUAAGAACGUAGUUAGUGCGAUAUUCCAGUAAAAUGAAAUGUUAACAUAAAUUUUAAAUAAAAGUGUAAUAAUACAGAGUAAGAUAAUAAAGAAAAAAAAUCGAUGAACUGUUAAAAAUAUAUUUUAAAUGAAAAGUACUAAUUAUACAUUAAGAUUAAUAAAAAAAAUGAGGUAAAGAAUAGGAAAUUCUCAGAAAGAAAAAAAAACAUUUAUUAAAGCAUUUGAAUUUAAAAAAAGAAACAUUAAAAACCCAAUACUUAAAAACUUUGAUUGAGCGUGAUUUUUUUCGUUUUCUUCAAGAAAAAAAAAACAACAAAAAUGUAUCUUGUUAAAUAGAUGAGUAAACAACACAAAUAUUAAUAAAAAAAAAUUCUUGUCAUUGAUUAAACAACAAACAUUUGAGGUGAUUGUGUGUACGUGAAAAGCAUUAAAAAAAACAGUCUACAAGCAUAGAGAGUUAUGCCUUAUUUACAUUUAAUCAAAUAUUUAAUGCUAUAAAAUAUUUUUGAUCAAUCGCGUUCUCUGAUUGGCUGUGCCUUAAAAGCACUGAAACCUUUCAAAGUUUCAACCAAUCAGAGAACACAAUUUAAGUAAAAUAUUUUAUGGGAUUAAAUAUUUAAUUACUUGUGGAUGAUGCUUAAAAAAAUUGAAAGGAAUUUUAUAAUGAUCUUGUUUUUUUCGUGCAAACUGCAAAAAUUUGUACACAACUGCAUUUUUUACAACGUAGAAAACUUUGUUAUUACUUUAGGCAAUUUCAAGAAAAAAAACAGAGUAAAAUCUAUAACAAUGAAAAUGAUAAAAGUUUAACUAAAAACUGAGUGUCAAAAUAUUAAUAUCAAUGCAUUUUCUUAUUAGAAAUCAGCUGUAGUUGAGAGAAAGAAAGAAGGAAAGAAAAAAAACAAUUUAGGUAAAAUAAUCCACGAAGAUUAAAAAAGAAAAAGCCAAUUACAAGAAUUUAAAAAAAAAUAGAAAAUAACAACUUCACAGACUAAAAGAAAAAUGCAAUGAUUUAGUGUUAUUCCUCUUUCUCCAAAUUAGUUUCUUCCUUUAAAAAAAACAACAACAAAAUUAAAUGUGUCAUAAUAAUAUUUAUUUACAUAAUCCAUCACAGAACUUGAAGAAUUUAUUAAUUAGGAAAAUAUAACUUAAAAAGAAAACGUAUUCAUUAAUAGAGAAUGUGUAAUUCUACUCGAGAAAAAAAGAUCAUACAUAUAACAACUUGUGGUUUCAACUUGGUAAAAAAAAUAUGUUAUUUGAGGCAAAAAUAAAAAAAAAACACAAAACAAACAAUAAAUAAAAAAUAACGAAUUAUUGAA